CAGCCUUGGGGGGACAGCCGUGGGAAAAGGGGGGGCACACCUCCCCUCUCUCCCCCCCUGCUCCAGGACGCAGAGCCGGUAACCCUCAGAGAAAGUUGCAGGGGUGCACGGGAAGCGUCUCCCAACUUUUCGGCCGGAGGACGGGAAAAAAAAAUAACAACCGUGGUUUGGAAGAGGUGGCCAACGAGGGGACUGAGACGCUUGCCCUGCCAGCCCACCCCAAACUCCCGUCACCUCCUGCCCCAUCUGUGACCAGCUCCCGCGCAUGCGGCAGCGGCAGAAGAAGUCGGCGGAUUAAGCCCUAAGCCUGUGGCCAGACGCAGCUUCCAGCAGCCGCCGCAGCACCAGGAGUGACCCUGGACCCCCCGCCCCGGGGACACCUCCAUGCCGCCACCAUCCUAAACACUGGGGACGUACCCGCUGCAGGUGAUCUCAUGAGAACAACGUAGUGCAGGGAAGCAGGGCGACAAGCACCAUUCCCACCCGCUGAAAGCCAAGGUGACGUGAGCCAUUCCCCUGAGAGCAUCGGAGCAGGAGCAAUGGGGAGGCCAGGGAUGUGACAGGCCACCCCGGUGCUGGAAGCCUGGCGAGGGCUGGUUUUUGGGGCUUUUGCAGGGGCAAGGUGAGGUGAGGGGUGCAACAUGAGCCUGGGGAAGCUGCCAGUGCUCAGCUGGGUGUCAGGCUCCCAUGGCAAGCGGCGGCUGAAGUCAGAGCUGACACCGGACAUGAUCAGCCCACCGCUGGGGGACUUUCGGCACACCAUGCAUGUGGGGCGUGGCGGGGAUGUCUUCGGGGACACCUCCUUCCUCAGCAACCACGGUGGGGCCGAUACGGCCAAAGCCAACAACUUCUUUGCCCGGACGCUGCGGCACGUCCGCCGGACACCACUGAGGAGCCGGGGCAGCGGGGGUCAAGCCGGAGCAUCACCCGCCCCCCCAGCCAUCUCGCCCAUCAUCAAGAAUGCUGUCUCACUGCCGCAGCUCAACGAGGGGACAUAUGACAGCAGCGGUGGCCGGGGCUUGACCAGCAAGUUCUCCUUCAAAAGUGCCUCCAACAGCUUCUCCAAAACACACCAGGCCUACGGGCUGGAGUCCGGGUUUUGCACCAUCCCUCGCGUCCCUCGCUUGGAAAAGGCCCAAGAAAGCGCCUUCCCCGGGGAAGCAGAGCUGAAGCGCUCGGACUCCCUGCUGUCCUUCCGCCUGGACCUGGGGCCCUCCCUGAUGAGUGAGCUCCUCCAGGUGAUGAGCUUCUCCGAAACCAAUGGGAGCGAGGUGGGGGAGGAUGGCCCAGACCUCCCAUGUGGUGAAGGGACCAAGGAUGAGGUCUCUCCAGCAUUAGGAGCAUCCCACGGAGAGGACAAGGCAGCUUCCAGCUUCUGGGACCACUCCGGGCCAAGCAGCCUGUCGGGGGCCAGCUCGCUGCCGGGACUGUCAGUCCGUGCCAAUGGAGAGGCACAUGCCAUCGAGGGUGCUGGAGAGGACCCUGUCUGGGCUUCGGGGCUGGGGGCAGCACCCAGAGGGACCCCGUGGCAGGGGCACCGGAACGACCGCGCCAGCGUCGCCAGUGGACCCAGUGGGUGA